AUGACCACUAUAUCUGCCCAAUUUCGCAACUACCGUGAACCGACGAAGGAUGAGGGCAUUCGCGAGUUCUUUAACGCUCAUCCGGCUGGUCCGGACGACAUACCGCCGACAGGCAAGGAUGUCACAGAGAUCAGCGCAGUCAUGUCACUGAAAGGAGAAGAUCAGUCAUAUUCGGGCAGGCUAUACCUCAUGCCCCCGUUUCUGGCCUUUGUCUCCCUCGACAGGAAGUCGGCGCGUUUUACCUUACCCCUAUAUACCAUUCGACGCGUCGAGAAGGUGAACUCUAGAGCGGGCAUGUUUGAACUUUCACUGGUCUUAUGGCACCAGAUGAAGAUUAAUGUGCAAUUGACAUCGUUGCGCCCUACUGCCGAUUCUUUCUGCGCCCAGCUCAGGGAUGCCUUGAAGGCACAACUUCCACAAAUGAAGAAGCUUCGCCCCUUCAUCCGGGUGUGUUAUUCGGAACAUUUGAUCAAGCAAGACGGCGAAGAAUAUAUAGACGCCGAAGACGAUGUUAAAGAUGGUUUAGAGGAUGGUGUCGACGAGACCAUCAAGGAAGCCCAAACAGAAUUCCUUGGCGGGCUGGGCUUGACGUUUAAGUUUCCUGGUGACCCAAAAAAGUUGCGUGAGAAGUCAAAGUUGAAACUGUGGAAGGAGUAUUUGAGAACACACGGCCGCAACGUCACGUUGGUUCGAUAUCCGUCUGUUCAACGUCUCAUCCAAGUGGGCUUACCAAACCGAUUGAGAGGCGAUCUCUGGGAGACUCUUUCCGGCUCCGUUUAUCUGCGGUUCGCGAAUCAGGGUGUCUACGAGGGUAUCCUGGCCAAGCACAAAGGGGAGACAUCUACGUCAACCGAAGACAUUGAGAAGGAUCUUAAUCGUAGUCUCCCGGAGUAUCGUGCAUAUCAAACCGAGAUUGGUAUCGGAACUUUGCGUCGUGUAUUGACAGCAUACAGCUGGAAGAACCGCGAAGUGGGGUAUUGUCAGGCCAUGAAUAUCUUGGUUGCAGCCAUUCUGAUCUACAUGUCCGAAGAGCAGGCUUUCUGGUUGCUGGAGGUCCUCUGCAACCGCCUGCUUCCAGGAUAUUACAGUCCUUCCAUGCAUGGUACCCUCCUAGACCAACGAGUGUUUGAAUCACUUGUUUCACGAUGCUUACCGAUCAUCUCGGACCACUUUCAUACCGUCGACGUCCAGCUGAGCGUUGCCAGUCUACCAUGGUUUCUCAGCUUGUAUAUCAACAGCAUGCCUAUGAUCUUUGCCUUCCGGAUAGUGGAUUGUUUCUUUGCGAUGGGCCCCAAAGUCCUCUUCCAGAUCGGGUUAGCCAUUCUGAAAAUCAAUGGCGAGAAGCUUCUUGAAAUCCAGGACGAUGGGGGGUUCAUUCAUCUGAUGCGUGACUACUUCAACACACUUGGCGACUCUGCCCAUCCACAUGCCUCUGAUUCUCGAAUGCGUGCCAUCACCAAUUUCCAGGAACUCUUGGUUGUUGCAUUCCGCGAGUUUUCUGUCAUCACAGACGAUACGAUUACUUCGGAGCGGAAGCGUCAUCGGAACGAGAUUGUAUCGGGUAUCGAGUCAUUCACCAAGCGCGCGGCUGUCCGCAAUUUGAAAGAGUCUGGUGCAUUCAAGAAGGAACAACUUGGCGCAAUCUACGACACCUUAUAUAAGGCGAUUUGUGCCGUAUCAGCCUCUGGUAGUGGGGCCAGCGCCCUUGCAGCGCUUGAGACAACCGAUGCACAGGGCCGACCAGAGACAAGGAUCGACUUGAAGACUUUCAGAAUCUUCUUGAGCAACGUGGCGACAUGGGCGAGAGAUGAGAGCAUAGUUUCUAAUGCCUUCGUGGAACGCAUCGAUCGGACAGUAGCUGAGCAUGAGCUUAUCAACAGGAUAUUCUUCUUCUGGGAUGUCUCCCACCGCGGUGCCCUGUCAUUCCAAGAUAUCGUGACAGGUCUCAACGGUGUCAUGUUCAAUGAUCUGAUGUCCAACAUUGAGUGGUUCUUCACUUUGCAUGAUAAGGACAAAGACGGAUUCCUUACCCGAGAUGAUGUUCUGCAGCUAUCCGAGUCCCUGCUGUUCAUUUUCCGCAACGAAAUCGGAGACGCAUACCUCGGCACUGUAUCAAACUUCAUGACUAACGCAUUUGAAUACGGCGAUGCGCUGCAGCCUGAAAACAAUGAGAAAGCUGAGGUACCUGAGGGUGAAAGGGCUCCGGAACCCCCAACCAACACACCGUAUCUCAAUCUCGCCACAUUCCGGAUGGUCGUUCUCGCUGACGAGCUUCUCGAGUCCUUCUUUGAUACAGAUUUCUCUGCCACAUUCAAGCUUGACAUUUACCCAGGGCCCGAGUCGCCCAGUGAGAGUACUGGCCUCAUCGCCGGCAUUGGCGGCCUUCUGUCCAACUUGAUUACGGAUGAGAACAAGAAGACUCUUAAUAGGUUCGCUGACGAGUUCGGGAAAUCAAUCGGCCGACAUCAAGUCACGUACCGUCCGGCUAUCGGAAAAGUUGAUAGAGACAUGGCCUUGCAAGAGCCGAAAACGCGUGAAUCAUUGUUAUCUCCUCAAAUACGCGAUCGGUCCAUGUCUAGUGGCUCCCUCACUUCAGGAGCUUCAAGCACAUCCUUGGCAGCAUCCACGUCUGAGCCGCUCACACCUGGGCUACUUCCUCCGCAACUCCCGACAAUCCCGGCAUUACCUGAGAGGACACCAUUUGCGAUCGAUGAGGUGCAGGAUGACGACGAGGAUGAGGAGGAUGAGGAUGACCUUGUAGUGACCGGUGGCGACGAGACUUUGGAUGAGCGAAGUCUUACCUCCUUGUUCAAGGUCGAUGCAUUUUUACAGGAAAAUGCCUGA